UGCAGUUAUAAGACGUGCUUCCAAAAUGUUUCGGUAUUUAAUUUUAUUAGUGAUUUUGUGCGUCAAUAAUGUUUUGAGCUUUCCACAAGGAGCGACUACUGGAACUUGCAAUGCUAUGGUCCCGGUCCAUCAGUCUAAUGUCCCACAAUCAGGAAAUCCUCCAAUAACUUUGAUUGUUCCGGAUCAAAUAACUGCAGGCUCACAAAUUUCUGUCAUAAUCAGAGCGAAUCCAGGUCAAGGCUUUGCUGGGUAUAAAAUUUUGGCAAGAGAUCAAGCAAACAAUUUUAUUGGAAGAUUUGUAGAGACUGAUGGCGUCGGCUUGCUGAAUUGUGGUCAACUUCAAGGUUCUGCUGCAACACAUACAAACGCGAUUGUAAAAACAGAAGUCGUACUUACGUGGGAAGCACCUCAGACAUCAGAAAUCACAUCGAUAACUUUUUUCGUCACGAUUGUUCAGACAUUCGCAGUGUUUUGGGUGAAUUAUCAAACUUCGUCGAUAAUAGUGCCAAGCUAUGACGUUUAUCAAGGUUGUGGUGUCACAAAAGCUUGUUUCGGAAUUCCGUCUUUUUGUGUACCAAACAGAAGUUGUGAAAUGCUUAGUGCUGUGACGUAUGACAAUCCUAAUUUUACAUUUGAACUGUUAUCGACUGCUAAUCACAAUUACGUUGCAAUGGGCUUAUCAAAUUCACAAAGUAUGGGUGACUCAUCCGUAAUAGAAUGUGUGAGGCUUCAGGCAGGUAUAACAUCAUUUAAAUCAUGGACUAUUGGAAUUUCUGGAGCACAAAGAUUAGGCACAGAUGCAAACAUCAUUGACUUUGUUGAAGGUUGGGAUGUGGAUGGGAGGAUAUACUGCAAAGUUCAAAGAAUUCCUGAAAGUGUCGUUAGUGGCGUUUCUUUUGAUCUCGUAAACAACAAUUUCUAUUUACUGUUAGCAGGGGGAAUGGCUGUUGGUCCAAAUAGUGUUGGAAUGCAUUCAAAUGAAGGAACUUCCCAUGCUCGAAUAUUAUUGACAGAACCACAGAUUGUAGAUGUUGAAACGGCAAAGAAUCCAUUAAAAUUGACUCAUGGAGCACUGAUGAUUAUUUCAUGGAUAGGUUUGAGUUCUAUUGGAAUUGUCAUUGCUCGAUACUUUAAAAAAUCGUGGCCUGAUUCAAAAUUAUGUGGAAAGGAUUUGUGGUUCUUCUGGCAUAUGCUAUGUAUGGCACUUACCUUUGUACUGACUAUUGCUGGCUUCAUAACAAUUUUUGUAUACACCGGCGAAUGGAGAACAUCAGCACACGCAAUUAUGGGUUGUAUUGUGCUUGUAUUUACAGUUAUUCAGCCAAUUGGAGCUCUAUUUCGCCCGGAUCCAAAUGAUGUUGCUCGUCCAUUAUUCAACUGGUUUCAUAAAGCAUUUGGAACUAUAACUCAUUUAUUAGCUGUAAUUACGAUAUUCUUUGCUGUUAGAUUUCCAAGAGUUGGAUUACCGCACUACACGCUCUACAUUUUGGCAUCAUUUGUAGCAUUUUAUCUCCUCAUGCACAUAAUUUUCAUGACGAUAAACAUUUGUGGUCAAAUGAAGCGAAACAAAACUUCAAAUAGCAGUUCCUCGAAAAAGUUGCCUUAUCAAGUUCUACAAAAAACACUUUUGGGACUUUUCAUCACAGUGAUUAUUGUUUUUGUUGUCAUACUGUGUGUCGUAUUUAUGUUGGAUUUUGAUUGAUUGACUAGCUCUCUAAAUUCUAGACAAUUUUAACAGAUUUUUAGUGGAAUGUGGAUUUUUUGGCAAUGAAAUGUUAUUUAUUUUGGAAUGAUUUGUAAUUUAGAUGCAGG